UGGCGCUGCUGGCAGUUACACUCAAUAAAUAAGGCGAAGCUGCAAAUACAAGCAAAUAGUCUAAGUGAAGUGUUCAUAAAAAUCGGCGAUAAACAAGCAUUUAAGCCACGCGAAGUACGAAUAAAAUCACUGCAACAAGCAAGUGGAACAACAACAACAACAACUUAGAAUACAUAAUACCCUUAGAAGCCAGCACACAAAAUGCAACUGCAGCUGCACACCAACGCACAACAACAACAACUGGCGCUUAUACUCUUUGCCACCACACUUGCCACCCUACUCCGAUUCACACCCACACACGCCGCCACCUACUCGGACGACCAUGCUGCUGACGACACCGGCGCCGCUGACCAUGACAGCUACGGCUACGGUCACAGCAACAAGUAUGUCAGCAAGUGUGACAGCAAAAAUCCAUUGGCUGCACUCACCUUCCAGCUGAGCGGCAACAACCUGCGCUGGCCUUGCGAGUCGACCAAAAGCAUUUACGUCCAAUCCGGCCGGUAUGUGCCGCGCAAUGUGAUCGUGACGCGCGCCCAGUUGCGACGUGAUGACGCCUUCGUCGCGUUGCCUCGCUACAAACAGGGUGUGCCAUUCACAUUGGGACGCGUGCAGUUGAAGAAGGGUCAGUGUGUGGCCAAGAUUGCGCCAUAUCCGUGCUGGGCCAUACAGGAGGAGGGCAAUUGUCAGGCAUUGCAGUCUGUGGUCGACAUCGCUGUGGAUCCCAAUGGCCUCCUCUGGGCCUUGGACGUAGGUCUGGUGAACACCUUGGAACAGCCGAUACGCCGUUGUGGUCCCAAAAUCGUAGCCAUCAACACCGCUGACAACAAAGUAGUGAAGAGUAUCGACUUGAGUGAUCUUGUGACGUCUGAGUCCCGUUUGCAGUUCAUAGUGGUGGACUACUCGAAGGAUAACAAGCCGUUCGUGUAUGUUGCCGAUGCGGGUGCACGCAGCAUACUCGUCUACGAUAUUGCAUACGGCAAAUCGUAUCGCAUCGUUUUACCCAAGGCCACUGCACCUACCACCGAUGUGCUUUAUAUGGCGCUCACCGCCGCACCGGACGGCACUUCGACACUCUACUUCACAUAUUUGAGCUCGCCACACCUCUACUCCAUACGUGGCCAGUAUUUGCGUGUUGGCCAGGGUGCCGGUUCAAUUGUGGAUGUGGGCGCCAAGCCUUAUGGCAAGCAAAUGGUGUUGCUCGGCGCCGAUGGUGGCACAAAUCUGUUCUUCCGUUACAAGGGUGAGAACGAUAUAUACAUGUGGAAUUCGGAGACUUGCUUUAAGGCAGCCAAUUUACAAGAUGUGCAACAUGGCGGUGAUUGUCGACUGUCGACGCAGGUGCUGCCGGGUCACAAACGUUUCAUGUGGGCUUUGGAGAGCAACUUUCAUGAUUUCAUCUCGGAGCGAACGGGUUGCAAUGGCGCGUCAAUUGUGCUGCAUCCCGUCGUGCGCGAAUGUGAAGACUGAGGGUCGAAAUGUAGAAGUAGAUUUAAGUGAAUUGUUCGAAAAUAAAUUUCACAGAUGUUUUUUUUAAUAUAAGGUCCGUUUAUUUCAUCUUAUUUUUAUUUAAUCAAUAAACCAUUCUUCUAAAUGAAUAAACCAUGUUUAAUUAGUUGAAGUUCACGAAUUCGCAACAAAAACCGACAGAAGAGAGUACUAUGUUCACUAAAUCACAAGCAAACUGCGCCACUGAAAAUCGAUCCUUCAGGGCAUUUAAAUAGUAAUGGUAUUAAUUUUCCACUAGUGCCACUCACUUCACAGACAUAGAAUAUACGUGUGUCACCGGGCCAUGCGCCCUUAUCACCGGCAGUUGUGCAUCUAAAAGCCGGAUUAUAGCAAACUACAUUGGAGGCGAAUGCACACGACUGCAGAUUAACCGAAUAUCGUUUACGUGGACCACAUCUAUAACGGGUAUAUGUACCGCUACUAUUGCAAUCAUAGAAGUUUCGACAAUCAUAUGGAUCGGGAAAGCGACCGACCGUUUGACAUUUGAAUUCGGUUGUUGUGCUAGCGGCAAAACCAUUUGAGCCAUGGUUAGGUCGUAGAAACCACGCCUGUGUCAAAGUGGUUGUGCAUGCGGUAAACAGGAGC